AUGGGAAUUGAUAUCCAAAGCUACUUGAACAGGUUCAAUUUUACUCUUUUUCAAUCCUUUUUCGCAUUUGGGUUGUUGGGUAUUUGCGAAAGGGCAAAAACUAUGGCCGUGUCUGGUUCCAAGGUUGUUUUCGGAGAUGUUUAUGUGGACGAGUUAGUGUCGAGUUGCGGGAAUGGCUUUGAGUUUUUGAAACCUAAAGGGGUUUAUUUUGCUGAUCGAAGCCAUAUCAGUUGCCGAAAAGCUGGUAUGGUUUUGAGAAAGCAAGAACAACCUCUCUUUGUUUGUGGACACUAUGUUUCUCCCACAAUGUCGAGAAAUUCCAAAUAUAAUCCGCCUUUUGGUCCAAGGAUUAAAAGUAUUCGCACUUCGCCUUUGCCAUGUUCCUCUUCUAGGGCCGUCCACGAUGUGUCAUUUGAUGGCAGUUCUAGUGAUGAUCAAACCACAAGUUUGCCUCAACGAGCUAUUCCGAGUGAGCAAACAUUGACACUUGUUUCUGGGUCAUGUUAUCUCCCCCAUCCCGCUAAGGUAGAAAAGGGAGGGGAGGAUGCGCACUUCAUUUGUGCUGAUGAACAAGCCAUAGGAGUAGCCGAUGGUGUAGGUGGCUGGGCUGAAGUCGGUAUUGAUGCUGGUGAAUUUGCUCGUGAACUUAUGUCUAAUUCGGUGAAAGCAAUUCGAGAUGAACCCAAAGGUUCAGUCGACCCGGCCAGAGUAUUAGAGAAGGCCCAUUCAAGCACAAAAUCACAAGGAUCCUCAACUGCGUGCGUCAUUGCCCUUCACAAGGAGGGACUACAUGCAAUAAAUUUGGGGGACAGCGGUUUCAUAGUUGUUAGAGAUGGUUCAACUGUUUUCCAUUCCCCUGUGCAGCAACACGGUUUCAAUUUUACUUAUCAGUUGGAGAGCGGUAAUAAUGGUGAUCUACCGAGCUCUGGUCAGGUUUUCCGAAUUCCCAUUCUGCCAGGUGAUGUCAUUGUCGCCGGAACUGACGGGCUGUUUGAUAAUCUAUACAAUAACGAGGUUGCUGCUGUUGUUGUCCACGCUUUAAGAGCUGGCUUCAGUCCUGAAUCGACUGCUAAAGAGAUAGUAGCUUUGGCUCGUGAACGAGCAGUGGAUAAGAACAAGCAGACACCCUUUGCCAAAGCCGCUCAAGAUGCCGGGUAUCGCUAUAAUGGCGGCAAGCUUGAUGACAUCACCGUGGUCGUUUCCUUCAUUACUAUCUCUGCUGACAUGUGAGUUUUCUUCGAGUUGGUGAACCUAUUGAGGCCUUGUAUAAAAUUUUAAGAGUAGUUUUCAUGGUGGGUUUUUAGGCGUUGGAAAGCUUCAUUAGUUAAAGUUAAAUUUUGUCCAUGGGAAAUAAAUAAUUCAUAUUUGCUUUUCCAUUAAUCCUUUAGUUUACAAAGUUUUGGUCUUAUGCUUUAAUUGCUUCAAUUUACUGAAAAUGCUUAAUUAAAAGAGGUUAAGAACUCGUUCAUCCAUUUUGAUGGACUUAGGUAUGAAGCCCAUCAAAUAAAAACAAUUUUUUUUAACAAAA